AUUAACCUAGUAAUUGCUCUCCUAAUUAACACUGGUCUAGCCACUAUCCUAGUAAUGGUGGCAUUCUGACUCCCACAACUUUAUACUUACUUAGAAAAAUCAAGUCCCUAUGAAUGUGGUUUUGAUCCUCUAGGAUCAGCACGUCUUCCUUUCUCCAUAAAAUUUUUUCUAGUUGCUAUUACCUUUUUAUUAUUUGACCUAGAAAUUGCUAUUCUACUUCCUAUUCCAUGAGCAUCACAAACAUCAUCACCCUACUCACUCUUAAGUUUAUCAGGAGUCUUAUUAGCUCUAUUAACAUUAGGAUUAGCCUAUGAAUGACUACAAAAAGGUUUAGAGUGAACUGAAAGG